CCUUAGCAUGCUUUCUAUUUAAAGACUGCCGAGUCAGGCAAUCUGCACCCAUAGAGGUGAAACGGACCUGGAACUUCUGUCUGGAGGAUUAAGGGGCAUAACAUUACAAAUUCAUCAUUCAAACCGGUCACAAUGGAGGCUUGUUGUUUACCUGAAGAUAUAAUUGAACCCGAGAUUGCUUUCACAAUCGAUAAUGCGUCGAAUGAAGUGGGAGCUGUUGAAAAUGAAGAAGCGGAGGAGCUCGGCAACAGUUUGAAGGAUCUUGUCCAGGACCGAUCUAUCAAACCAAAGAUGCAGUGCCUCAUGGUGGACCCUACCUUCUCCAUGGUGACAGUCCAAAGUGAAGACAGUGGAAUAGUGUGGGAGACCUCCUCAAGCAGGUGUUCCACCCCAUGGGCUUCAGAAGCUAGCAGUACCUCUGAUGUGUUCAGUUUGGAAGGUUCUCCUGCGGGAUACACACCAGGAAAGGUUGUGUUCAUCAUGGAUCAAGAUAAAAUAAUUAGAAGGAGAAAAAGAUCAAGCCUAGGAAGCAGGAUGAGUGAAACCAAUGGGAAAACCAGGGAUAACUCCAAACAGUUUCCCAGGAAGCCUACAGCCACUGUCCCCAUCAUGGAAAUAAGUCUGCAAAAAGCAGGUACGUAUGAACUGUCGCCACAUGCUCCCGUAACAUCUAGACCAGCAAAUAACGAAAAACCUCACCCAAGUCCUUUGAAACACACAAAAAUACACCCUGAGGAGCUCUCGCCUGUAUUGGCUAGAUCAGGGGGCCAAGGAAAUGCACUCCACAGACAGUCUGAAACACUUGCUGGGGAGCCUCUACCACACGCCCCUGUGACAUCAAGACCAAUAAGCCAAAGUAACCCACAUCUAAACCCCCUGAGAGAAACAGACGUUGUUGCAGAGGAACCUGUACAGCAUACUCCUGUGUCGGCUAAAGCAACAAGCAAAGGGAAACCCCAUCCCAGUAGUUUAAGAGAAAGAGAGGAGAUGCUCCCACACAUGCCAGUGACGGCUAAGCCAGGGGUCAAAGGUAACCCGCAUCCAAAUCUUUCGGGAGCAGACAACGAUGAACCAUCGGAGCACACAGCAGUGUUGGCUAAGCCAGUGCUCAAAGGGAAUCCUCAUCCACAUCCUUUUCAGGAAAAAGAAACAGAAACACAGGAGCUGUUGCCUCAUGGUCCUGUAGCUGCUAAGCCAGUAGAAAAAGUAAACCCUCCUAAAAGAAAAGAUAAACCUUGUGGAUUGGUACAAGGAACAUUACUGAAAUGUGACGUUCCUGCACCAGAAUACAAAAUUCCAACUUUUUCCCUCCAAAAAGAUCCUGUAAAAGAAAAAUUGUCUUCCAAAGAAGACCAAACAAGAGUUGCAGAUAUAAAUCCCACGUCGCCCUUGAGGUCCUCAGUCUCUGAUAAUCCAAAACCAGACAGUGCCUUGCCAAACCCAGUCCCUGUCACAAGCUCUGCAGCUGAUCCCACUGAGCCAUCUCAGCAAAAUCCAUGUUUCUUACCAAACAUGAGCCAGAAUCCAGUGGUAACAGAGUCUGUGCCACUACUUAGGUCUACUGGUACCACUUUCAUGGGAGCAGAGUAUUCCUUGCCUAAUCCAAGCAAAAAUACACUUCCUAAUUUUAUUGCAGCUACCUCUUCACAAGAACCAGAGACAGACAAGCAGACCACAGAACACAAAGCAGAGCCUGAUAGUCAGAAAGAACUCUUCAGCAUUGUUUCUGAAGGCUAUGAAAUACUGAACAUUAUUGCUCCUCUGGAAGUGUUGUCUGUUGAUGAAAUGGAAAGCAGUCACAUGCAGGAUAACUUGGCUUACUUGGAAGACAAUCCACUAAUUAAACCAAAAGUCUUAGAGGCAGUAGAGGCUGAUAAAAUACCAGUCAUUGAAGAAGAGAUGGAAUCAGAGAGCAGUGACAUAUCUGAAGAAAAGAGUGAAGAAAAAAGAGAACUAAAAGACACAAUCCUUUCAGAACAAAAAGAAACCGACAGUGUAGAACAAACGGGGACUGAACAUUUUGAACAGAAUAUCACUACUUCUACUGAAUUAACAGUGCUUGCUCCACUUUCAACCAAUGGAAAUAACAACGUGGAUUAUUUUGAAAAAUUCACUUUAAUGGAUGAGCAAGUCCCUGGAGAAAAACCUAUUGUAGAAAAAACAGGAAAAGAGGAUACCCUUGUGAAUGAAGAGGAAGAAAACAUGGAGGAAAAAUCUAAAAGUAUUUCAUUUUCUGAAGCUCGUGAUGUAUUUGUCUUUGUGGAUGACAUUGAAAUUGCAGGAGAACAUUUGGAUGAAGUAUUUUAUGGUACAGAACAAACUGAAGCGGAGGCCUGUACCCCAACCAAGCAUUACAUAGCAGAUGAAACACUUGACAGAAAAGAUGCACAUCUCAAAGAAAGUGGUGCCAGUUUAUUUAGCCAUGAAGAGGAAACCCUUACAAAAUGUUACUAUCCUGUAACCACCAAAAACAUUGAUCUGUCUCUUCUGGAGGACCCACCAGCAAUGGCAUUUCUCUAUACAGAUCUGUAUGAUCAGGCAACUGGAAGGAAAGAGAAAGACGACGAACCCUCGGAUGAAGAGAGUCUUAAUUCUGACGCAUCUUUCCCUAGCAGGCUAUCUGACUCGGAUGAUAACACCGGCAUAUAUUUUGAAAAAUAUAAUUUGAAAGACAAUGUUCCCUUAGCCGAAGGGGAACCUACACUUCAAGAGGAGAAAAAAACCCAACAAAAUAUAUGGUAUCAAAAUACUUUUGAGCUCACUGGUGGUUUCAUGCUAAAAGAGGAAGCAGACAUCAAUAAUGAAGAAGCAAGCCCUGAAGCAUGUAGCAAGACCUCUGAUUUGUCUCUAUAUGAGGAAGCAAAACAGCUUAUUGAUGUUUAUGAGGAGUCUGAGGGUUUAGUCUUUGAAGCUGUGGUUAGUAAAGAUGACGCAGUCUCAGCAAGAGAAGCUGAAACACUAGAUGAGAAGAGUCUGGAGCUGGCUGAAGAAGAACCCCAAACUCAACAAGAUGUAAAAGAAAAGCCAGCAGAAAAGGAGAAGGAAGGAAGCAUGGUUGUUACUUGGGAUACUCUUAGCAGUCCUGAAUUUGGCAAACGUCCAUUUGAAGUGCUGUCUGGAACGGUCUUGAAUGUUCCUGUAGAGGAUCACAAGCUUGACCGAAGUGAAAUGGAAGCUCCUUCUAAACCAAAUAAAGCAUCAGCAGGUGAAAUGGAAGCACAGGAUUUCGAAAUUGAAGAUGAACCUCUAAUAAAAUAUGAGGUUUCAGCUGAAUCUGCAGAAGACAUUUAUACUGCUGUCCCAGAACUGAAACCUGAAGAAGAAAUCUCAGUUUCUGAGUCAAUUCAUUUGGAGGAAGUAAAUAAAAACGAGCCAUACACUGCAGAAACAACCUCUGAAACAGUUCACAUAUCUGUUCAGGACACGCAAGACAAAGCAGUCAAAAUUCCCAAAGAUGAACCACAACUAAUCAAAACAGAACAACUAGAAGCAGAAGCUUCUUUGAUUGAAGAUGACCAUCAGAAAAAGAAAGCUGCAGUAGAUCAUGUGGUAGUCAUAACUGAACAGAAGAUUAGUGUGGAACACAGAGACACUUGCAACGUGGAUGAAACUGCAAAUAAAACCCAUGAUACAGGUGUGGAAAAACCUGAAGAAUUGCAGAACCUGCAGAAAUGGCAUAGUGCAGAUUUAUCUACAGCAGGAUCAGAUAUUGUGGUAAAAAGUCAAGAGCAGGAGUUAAGAAGUUCAGAAGAAACCCAGACCAAAGUUAUCCAAGAAACAGUGGAAGAAACUGUACCAGAAAAGCAGGAUGACCAACACCCUUCUGUGGAGCACAUUGCUGAACCAGAUGUUGAGCAACAUGAUCCAGAAUCGUAUGAGGAGGGUUUGCAUCUUGGUUUGGAAAAUGUACCAUCACAGUCAGAAGUGUACUUCGAGCAGUGCAUUGAGCGUGACGAGGAAACCGCAGAGGACUUAGAUUAUGAAAUGGUCACUCAACAAGACAUACAAGAUGAUUACACAAAAUCAGAGAUGGAGCUGCUUGGGGAGAGAGAAUAUGUUAUUGAGGGCACCAAGGAGCAUCAUGAGAAUGAAUUUGACUUAGUUGAUGAAGUAGCUGAAGAUGUAUCUGCUGAAGAAGUGAUUGGGGCAGACUUUGAGAUAAUCGAGGCCUUGGGUGGAACUUCCAUCAUCCCAGAUGCUGAGCAGGCUGUGAAGGAACCAAAAAAGCCUCUGUUAGACACAUUCUGUCUGGUCUGCAAAUGUCCAAUUUCAGCUAUAGAUAAGCUCUUUGGAGAGCACCAGGACCAUGAUGUGUCAACAUUGGAUAAAGCGGUUGUGGCUACAAAGAAUAAACUAAUUGAGUACAUAUCGGAAUUGCAAGGAAGAGCCGCAAAGAUUGAGGAUCUGGUAUCUGAGUUGGAACUGGCCUUUAAUACAGUGGAGGAGAACUGCAGCAGGACAGAGCAGCUGCUGGACGAUCAGAAUGAGGAGAUGGUGAAGACAGUGGUGGAACAGUACAGCCAGAUGUCUCAGAACUUGGAGGAGGAGAAGAAGAACAAACUUGAGCAGCUGUAUGACCAGCUCGUCACCUUCCAGGAGAGCACAGAGUCUGCCAAGGAGAUCUUGGAGAAGAGUGUGAAGGAGGUGGAGGAACCAGACGAUCUGAUCUUCAUAUCUUCCUCCAACGACAUUAGCAGAAGACUCAACAAUGCCCUAGAGACAACAGUAGCUCUAGAACUGGCACCCAGUGCCUUCCCUGUGUUUGAAGAUUAUGCUAAAACCACCUCGGGAAAUGGACAGAAGCUACUGAAAAGCAUUGCUGUUCCUCAGACCCCAAAGCUACAGCCGCAGGAAACAAGCUCUGCCACCAGCUCUUCUGUGAUGGUCUACUGGAAGGUGAAUGAGGGCGAUGUUAUUGACUGCUUCCAGGUCUACUGUAUGGAGGAACCACAGGGAGCCAUGUCUGAAGAGUACAGAGUGACAGUGAAGGAGAGCUAUUGCACACUGGAGGACUUGGAGCCUGAUAAGUGCUAUUUGGUGUGGGUCAUGGCUGUGAACUACACAGGCUGCAGUUUACCCAGUGAGAAGACCUCUUUUAGAACAGCUCCCUCGGGCCCUGUAAUCAAACCGGAGGAAUGCACCGUAUGCUGGGACACAGCCACCAUCCGAUGGAGCUCAGCAAACCUGGAUGCCGUGGAGUGCUUCACUCUGGAGUACUGCAAGCAGUACGCUUGUGAGGGAGAAGGGCUCAGGUCUAUAUCUGGAAUAAGAAACUGUGAACAGAAGGUACUUUUACAGCCAAGCGAGAAUUACCUUUUCUAUAUCAAGGCUGUGAACUUUGCUGGAGCGAGUGAACAAAGCGAGGCAGCGCUCAUCUCUACGAAAGGUACCAGGUUUCACCUGUUAAAAGAAACCGCCAACUCGGCCCUCGUGCUCUCUGAGGAUGGCACUGCCAUUCGCUACCAGGAGCAGACCUUCAAACACAGAGCCAAACUCAAUGACUCUCUGGGGGUCCUGGGGGAACUGCUGCCCCCUCGUGGAUAUCACUAUUGGGAAACUGCAGUGGGCGGCAGUGAGGCCUACAGGAUCGGAGUGGUGUAUCCCUCCACACCGAGAGACAGCCCCCUGGGGCAGAACAGCACCUCCUGGUGCAUUCGCUGCAACUCCUCACCAACAAGGUUCGAGUUCCUCCACAGCAGUGCCCAGGCUGACAUCCAGAUGGCGGAGCUGCCUCUGCGGGUCGGGACUCUGCUGGAUUACCUGCACGGACGGCUGCUGUUCUUCAACGCACAGAGUGGGCAGCUGCUGUUCUCCUACCGGCACAAAUUCACAGAGGCUUGCCACCCCGCCCUGGCAGUGGAUAGACCCGGGUCCCUGACUCUGCACACAGGGAUCCAAACACCAGACUUUGUGAAGCACAGCUAACCACAUCACCCUGGGGGGCUGGCUCAGUUGUUAUUGUGUGGUUUCUGCAUUCAAGAAAGAAAUUAAAAAAAAAAAAAAAAGUUCAGUGAUGGACUGUGUGUGAAUUGGAUUUUUUUUUGUAAGGUUGCAGUUUUUUUCAUGGUUAAUUGCAGCAAAUAGUAUUUUCUCUGCAUUGAUUUAACUGUUUCUGAUAUUUAAACUUGAUAUUUUGUUGUGAAUUAAAGGUUUACAAGUAAAUCUAGUUAGACAGAUUCUUAACUAUGUUAUCCAUAAAUCUAAGAUCUGCAGCUUCUGAUGUUUUCAUAGAUGCAUUUCUUCUGAGAACUGAUCAGGAGCAUGUCCAGAAGACCUACAGUGAGCUGCACAUAUUGAUUGAGAUUUGAACAUAUUUACUAGAGUGGAGGCUUACCUAUAGAGGUUUGUACAUUUGUAGUUUUAUCUUCAGAGUGUUAUUUUUAUUUUUUUAAUUGGGCAGCAUGACGGAUUACCAGUUGAUGUCUGUCUGAGGCUGGCCAUAGUGUCAGUCAGAAAGUUAUCAAGCCAUCCUUGUCCUGGAUUUAAACAAGGGUGCUGUUUUAAUUGUUCUAGUAACCAGUGUUGUCUAUGCAAUUUUUACUUCAUUUAUUUCAUAUGAAAUAUAGCACACAAAGGUAUGAUGGCAUAAAUUGAAUUGGAUUCUUUGCAUUUUGUGGUCUUAAAUUGUGUGUGGGGGGGAAAAAAAAAAAAAAAAAAUUUAAAUCAUCCAUGCGUAUUUCUAUCUUUAGAAAGUGUCCUGUAAAUCAGAUUUUGUGAAAUAACUGACGUUUCAAUGUACAUGCAUCAUCCUUUGUAGGUCGUGACCCCUCUUUUGAAAUGAUUACUUGCUGAAAUACCCGGUUUCCCCAAUUUAGUUUUACAUGUAGGAUUAAUUUAUAAAUAGAAAGCAGUUUCACAAACUCUAAUGUGUGUGUAUUUGUAUCUGAUUGGAUGUGUUCGGUGUCAGUCAGUGAAGUGACUCAAAACCACUUCUAAGGCAAAGUCAGAUGGUACACAGUGGCAGCCAAAACCAGCUGUACAAAUGCAAAAGAAUUGCUCGACAAAACUGAUGCCAAUGUGAUAUACAGUUUCGUUAACCUGUCCUGCAUCUCCUGCACACUAGAGGGCGUUCUCUGUAUAGAAACUGGUUUGUCACAGAUUACGGUUGAAAUAGUGUUUCACCAGCAUGUGUAAAUAAGGGUAGGGGUGUCACCAAAUAGCCAUUAUGUGUCUUACUUGGGUAAGAAGUUAUUUUAUUUGUUGGUUCAAAAUUUAAGUUUUUACAAAAAUAAAAUAUUGUUAAUCAGAUCAACAAUUAUCAAUUUGAGGUUGUUUUACAGCCAAUUGUGAUUGAUGUUGGUACAGUAUUAGCUAUAUAGUAGAUGAUGUGGUUCAGUGAAGCUGCCUUUAAAACAGAACUACACUAAAAUGCUUUUUAUAAGUCUUGAUUGUAUUCAUUUUGGCCUUAAGUUCAUUCUAAGAAGCGUUCUAUAUUAAAACAGGACAGAUAGCACUCCUAGUACAGACAGUGCUGUUGAUGUUCUCAGGAUUGUUUAACAAAGGGAUUCUGUUUUAAAACUGAUUUUAGCAGAAAUAUUCUUGUUGGUGAAGGAUAUGUUCACUUCUGGUACUGAAUACCAGCAUGCAAAUGGGUAGCACAUUUACAGUAAUUAGGCUUUCUAGAAUAUACUUCUUUGCUGUGUGAAUUGAGUUAUUGUUCCUAUUUUAAGAAGGUAUUAGUCUAAUGCAAAGUGGAAACUUACCUGUGUGAGUAGGUCCCACAGUGGAGGUGUUGUGGCAUGCUACGAUAGGUAGAUAGGUGUGUGUGUAUAUGUAAUUACUUUACUGAACCUACAAUAGACCUAGAUGUUAUAGAUGAUUAUAGAUACCAUUGCUCAUUCAGUUGAAUUCAGUACACUGCCGCUCUGCAUUCAGAGUGCAGCCCUGUUGGAAUCUCCACCAUAACAAAAAAAUAAGAGGUGGUACAUUCCUGCAGGGUGCCUCCAGUUAAUCGUGCUGCUUAUUAGGAUGGGAAUACUACUUCAAGUCAUUUAAAAUGAGCCAGUGCUACCUCAAUACUGUACUUUAGUUGUGCACCAAAAGCCAGAACCGCAGAUAUAUUCACACUUAACAUGAGUGUCUCUCAGACUAACAUGAGGAGCAUACUCCUACCAUACAUACCCCCUGCAUAGUUCCGUUUCUAAAUCAAAUGUUACCCCUACAUUCAGGUUUGGGUUAUUACGUUGAAAACAACUCUGUGCUUGCAACAGUCAGAAUACGCAGGCGCCUGGAUUGUGUUGGUUAGAAUACGUAUUUCAAUCACAAUGGGUCUGGAUUGAGACAACCGAAGGAAAGGAAUAAGAAGUCCUAAUCGCAUGCUCUUAUUUCCCCAAGUGAUAGUAGAUGGGCUGGAAAUCAGGAACUUGACUGCUACGUUAUGAAUAGAUUAUAGUGUGGAAAUAACCAGCAUGGUGUUAUGAGGAGCUGGUCCCCAUCGACUCCCAUUCUAUUCUGGACAGGACAUUUCACUGCGGCAAUAAAAAGCAGAGGGUGACAUUAACCACACUGACAUUAAACACACACGGUUCACUGAGCACCACAAGAAAAUGCUGGAUAAGGCCAGAGCAGGAGUUCCUUUGGCCUGAGACUUGGUUCCAACACAAGAUGCUAAUAUAUUUUAUUGUAAAUGCCAACCAUAUGCAAGGCUUGUCUUUGCAACAUAAUGCUUUAGUCAGUACAGCGGUUGCUUUACUGCUUACUGGACAGCUGUGUGUCUGUAUGUUUUUUAGACAAUAAGAAUAAGUACUAUACAAAUUCACUUUGAGCUGUUGACCUGGAGUGCUGAGGAGUCCGGUUCACUAAUGGGGAAUUUCAUAUAGUGAGAUGAAAACUACUGUGCUAUACAACUGAUGUGUAAUAAA